AGUAUAUAAGGCAAAUGUUGACACCCAAAACUGAAAGCUGGAUCCAACCCUUACACAAUGAUCAGAAAGGGUGUUACUGAAAGCUUUGGAGCUGCCGUCUCCUGUUUAAGCCCAUCUCAUCUGACAGAUGAAGUUAUUCGGAGGAGUAAGAGAAUGAUACUGGACACACUGGGUGUGGGGUUACUUGGAACCAGCACCCCUGUCUUUAACACAGUUCUCCAGUACAGUCAGAAUCAGCAAGCUUUGAAAAACAGCAAAGUAUGGGCAAGACCUGGAUUAUCAGUUCCACCACAGUAUGCUGCCUUUGUUAAUGGAGUUGCGGUGCAUUCUAUGGACUUUGAUGACACCUGGCAUCCAGCCACUCACCCCUCAGGUGCCGUUCUGCCCGCUAUCCUGGCACUGGCCGAAACACUGCCUGUUAAGCCCUCUGGCCUAGAGUUGUUGCUUGCAUUCAAUGUAGGCAUAGAGGUUCAGGGGAGGCUCCUGAGGUUUUCCAAAGAGGCAUAUAACAUUCCUAAAAGAUUUCACCCACCUGCAGUUGUUGGGGUUAUGGGCAGUGCCGCUGCUACAGCUAAACUCUUAGGUCUACCUCUAGCCCAGAGUGUAGCAGCUCUAGCAAUAGCCUGUUCAUCUGCUGGUGCCCCAAUGGCAAAUGCUGCUACUCAAACCAAGCCUCUCCAUAUGGGCAACGCUGCCCGCGGUGGUCUGGAGGCCUCUGAACUCGCUCUCCUUGGCCUAGAAGGGAAUACACAGAUUCUGGAUCUCGAGUCAGGCUUCGGGGCCUUCUAUCCAGAUUACACCCCCUGCACACUGGCUAAGGUCACCCCUACUUCUCAUUACAGGUGGGUGUUGGAAGAUCAAAACAUUGCACAGAAACGCUUCCCGGCCCAUCUCGGGAUGCACUGGGUGGCAGAUGCAGCAAAAGAAGCAAGGGCAAAAUUUCUGGACAAAUAUCCAGACGCUGAUAUCAGUCAAAUUAAGAAAAUCACACUGAGAGUACCCUCGUCCAGAUACGUCGACUGUCCUCUUCCAGUAACUGAGCACCAGGCCAGACACUCUUUCCAGUUCAACUGCUGUAGCGCACUGCUGGAUGGUGAUGUUAAUGUCGAAUCCUUCAGUAAAAGUCAGAUGAACAGGAGACCCCUUCAGCAGAUGCUUCACAAAGUAAACUUGGAAAAUCCAAAAGACAAUCACUCAAGCUUUGAAACAAUGUAUUGUGAAAUAUCCGUGGAGACAACGCAGGGGGAAAAGUUCACUGCACGCUGCGACACUUUUUAUGGGCAUUGGAGGAAACCACUCAGUCAUGAGGAUCUGGUGAAGAAAUUCAGGACUAAUGCAUUGACCGUGCUUACCCCUGAUGUUGUUGAGGAUAUUAUUUAUACUGUAGACAAUCUAGACAGAAACCAUGACUGCUCAAUGCUGUGGUCAUAUAUGCACUUUAAUAAGUACCACACGAUGCACAAAGAUGAGCACCGCUGCUCAGUGUCAGUUUGAAUUAUUCUGUAAUGUUUGACAGCGCUUUGUUUUUAUGUAUUGUUUUUUUAGUAUGUAUAUUUACAAAUCAAAGGAUAUCAGUUGAGGUUAAACAUAUUUGUGCAGUCUUGUUUUGCUGAACUAAAAUAUUAAUGUGGUGGCUUCAUGGGAAGUGUGUGAAGUUCUGAAUUUUUUUAUUUAACUAAAAUAAUUUAAUAAUGUAACCUUUUAACUUUAAAGUUAUUUCAGUUGUAUCCUGGCUAUUCUAUUUAAACAAUGUGAUCUCUUUAAAUGCACAGCAUUUCAUAAUAGUACUAUUUCAACAGAUGAUAUGAUGAGGAAGUUUGUAUAAAGUAAAAUGAUAAAGUAAAUAAAAAAGAGAGGAAACUACACACAAUACAGCUUUUAUUUUGCAUCACCGGAAGGUUUGAUAUAAUUUUCCUUUAAUA